AUGUCAAAACGACGCCGUUCGUAUACAGCGAGGAAAGGGCAGAGAAAGAAAGAGAGAGAGACAGUGUUAAUUUGUUAUCAUCCAACCAUGGCAUCAUCAUCCAUUAUCAUCCCUCCGAUUCUCUCCGCCGGCAUCAUCACCCGCCGUAACCUCCUCCUCUCCACCACAAUCGCUACCGUUUCUCCGUCGCCUCAACCCACUCCUUCCCCUGACUUAACGAUCACCGAUCGCGUCUUCCUCGAUUUCUCCCUCUGUCCCACCUACUUCCGCUCCGAUCCCUCCGCCACAUUCGCCUCCACCACACCUUGCUCCGAUUCCACUCCUCUAGGCCGCGUCGUUCUCGGGUUAUAUGGCCGUCACGUCCCUCUCACUGUCUCCACUUUCAAACUCAUGUGUACUUCCUCUUCUACAUCUUACAAAAACACUCCCAUCCACAAAAUCUUCCCCGGCCAGUUUUUCCUCGCCGGAAGACAAGGAUUACGGCGAUACACGGCGGAGGUUGGUCCUCCCCUCAAGCAAUUGCCUCGAAACACAGACGUUGUGAAUUCUAAGUCAUUCCUCCUCCCACACGCUCGUCCUGGUCUCGUCUCUCUCUGCUUAUCCGAAAACGACGACGACGACGAGGCCGUACUCGACCCUAACUACAGAAACGUGGAAUUUUUAAUCACUACAGGACCUGGUCCUUGUCCGCAGCUAGACGGCGGCAACAUCGUCUUUGGAACUGUGCUUGAAGGGUUAGAUGUGGUGACGAGUAUAGCUACGGUUCCGACGUUUAAGCCGUCGGAGAACAUUAGACAGUUUAAUGAUUUUGCUGAGCUUCUGGGAGAUGAAAGAGCUCAAAACGCACGAUCCUUGUGGAACAGACCUCUCAAGACGGUUUUCAUUAGUGACUGUGGUGAGCUUAAGGUUACAAAACCUUCACUCUCUCCAACUCUGCCUUAA